AUGCGGUCUUCAUUCUCCCCCCUUGCUCUCCUUUUUGCAGGCGCAGCCCUGGUCUCCUCCCUACCGGAUGCAGGAGUUGCAGUCUCUUCACCUGCCGUCACUGCCGAAAACAUCUCGCCGCCCGAGCCCAACGUGCUGGAGGUCGCACAUCUUGAGAGGCGAAGAGCGUGCAGCGGUCAUCGUCUGCAGAACGACGUCUGUCAGGGCAGAUUGAUAUACCAGGGUAGCUCGCGGCACAACUGCUACCGCAAGGACGGCAAGUGUUGCGCCAAGAACAAGAAUCGAGACUAUGGGAUUGCGGUCACCAACAGGGCUCAAAAGGGUGAAGAUUGCGCAUACUGCUUCUCUGGGACCUGUAAGAUGGAGAAUCCUUAG